CAGAUUUUUCUGUGUGUCAUGGAAAGCACACAGUGGAUUUACGGCGAGGUUACAUUUCGGAGCAUCCACAAAAACAGUUUCUCUGCCACCUCACUUUGUGCUGCUUGGUUUGCUGUGCUGUAUUUCAUACUCUUCAGAAAUAAUGGGUUAGAACUACAAGAAGCGGUGACCUUUUCGAAGUACAGGCUCAAAACAGGGUUGAUUAUAAUCAGUUGUUUGGAGUUGGCGAAGCUGACAAAAGUGCGAGGACUGCCAUCGCCUCAAAUACACUUGCAGACGCAGCUCGAGUGAUGUGAGAGAACAAGAAGCAUGUCUGGCUCAAGGCCUUAUGGCAGGAGAGACCCAGACUUGCUGUCACUGGAAGACCAUGGAGAGUGUGGCGCCCAUAGUCUGGUCUCAAACUUGCCUGUUGGUGUCUGCAGUGAUGUGCAUGAAAUCACCUCCUGCAGAGAAGGCCAAGCUGAAGUUUUUCACCACUCAGAGCUUUAUGUCAAUUAUGGCAAACUUCUGCACAGCAAACCAAGCUCACUCUGCUCCUUGCCUCUUGGGACAGUUUCUGAUCAGCCUGGUAGAGAAAAUUAUUCUUCACUUCAAGUCUGCCCCAAGACAAAUGAAUUUUCUCAAGCUUUUCGUUGUGUUUCAAGUUCUCAGUAUCAACAAAGGCAUGAUGCAUGUGGAAAGAAAGCUAUUUCUCCAUUGCAUCUUGACCAGCAAGGUAGCCAUGGCAGGUGGUGCAGCAGUGAUACCAGGGACUGCAAGAGAAAAGAAAUGAUGGAGUUUCUAGAUUUUUCUGAAGCAGAUGAUCCUCCUGCCCGUCUGCCUGCCAUCAGUGGUGUUCUGACGGAGAAACUUGGAAGGCCACUAGUUCGUCCAGUGGCAUUCAGACCUAUCCAUGGCAGUGCUGCUUGUGUUGUUUCACCAUCACUCAGUGUCAACAGCAUGGCAGACAGUGGAGAAAACCUCCACUGCCCUGAUGGAUGCAGUCAACAGUCAUGGUUGUCAUGGGUACCAGCCAGCUGUGCUCCGCCCAGCUACUCUCUGGGCUGCCACUCUCUUGCUGCCUUGAAAAAAAGUAGUGAAAUCAGUUUGCCCAGGUCAUCAGGGAUCAGCAGCGAGUGCAGUAAUCACGAAGGUGUGGCGGAGAUCUCUACCAGCAGUUCAGCUUUGGGUGUCUUGUCUGGUCAAGGUCGCCACCAUGCAGGGUCAUUUCUGGGAUCUGGAGCACAACAUUCCCAUGAGGUUUCAGUGCAGACACCUUCUCCCAGUGACAGUGGUGUGGGAGAGCUGGAGGCCAUGCUGAAAGAGAAGGAUGCAGAAAUACAAACCUUGAGACAGGUCAUGGACAACAAUGAGCGAGCCAUUUUACAGGUCUAUGAAGAGAAGAGGAGCGUGUGGCUGCAUGAUGUCCGUGAGAUACACCAGGAGUAUGAAGAGAAACUGAAGGCUCAGCAAAGCAAGGCAUACAAAGCAGAACAGUCUUUAUGUCUACAGCUCUCCCGUCUGCAGCAGGAGAAACAGCAGAUGCAGGGAGAGAUUGAUUCCCUUCGAAGUGAAAAAGAGGCUCUCUUGCGACAGUGUGCCAUCUUUCAGCACCAGCUGCAUGAUGUGCGCCUGCAGCUGGAGGCUGCCUCUGUGAUAACUACAUCACCAACAUCACCAGCUUUAUCAAGUGUAGAUGACAGUGCAACCUUCUGGAAGAAUCUGUCUGAACCUCACACAGGUAUGGCCUCUUGCACUACUGCUGCAGUGGACCAGACCAGAGAAUUAGAAUACAUGGAGAGAAGGCUUGCUGGUGUCAGAAGUAAACAAAGCCCUACCUUAUUUGUGCAUGGAUCAACAUCUGAAGCAAAAAUAAAACCUAAAACUUUGAGAAUAAGUUCUGUAGAGCUGAAAGAUGUAAAUGUGGCAGAAUCUUCUCAAGAAAAUGAGAAUGAUUCUUCUCUGGGGAGAAUAUGUGUAGAGAAAUUCACUCAGACUGAUCACAAUGAUGAAGGUGCCUAUGGAUCUCCCAGGGGAGAUAAGCAGAUGGCCAUGUAUCUGGCAGAGACUGACAAGCUUCAGAAGCACCUGCAGGCGGCAGAAGAGACUCUGGAGCUUGAGAGACGACGGUGGCUAGAGGAGAAGAAUAAGGUCAUCCGCUACCAGAAGCAGCUACAGCUUAACUAUGUGCAGAUGCAGCGCAAAAACACAGCACUGGAAGCCGAGGUGGAACAGUUGACCCUGGAGCUGGAGAGGCGGGACUUAAAGCUCAUCGCUAUGAAUGGCGAGGAAUCAGUCUGUUGAGAUGCGAGAUUCUUGAAUGGCAAAUGGUCUUACAAGGAGUGGAGUUAAAACUCAUUGAAGAAUUCGUUGUGAUGACUUAAAAUGUUGCCAUAAAUAACAAUUUAGCAAUCUAUGGAAAGAUGCUGUCUGUAGGUGUAUUCUCUUGACAGACAGGUCUAGUCAGAAGGUGAGGUGAUAAGAGGCAAGCAUACCACGGCUCAAGAUGAUUUGUGCUGUAGUAGUUCUUGUUGCAUUUUUGUGAAAGAAUGUCUAGUGCAGGAGUUUAGGUCAUUGGUCAAGUACCAUUUUUCUAGUCAGCAGUUUUUGGGCGAUGUAGCUUAUAAAGUGAAGCCUAUGUGUACAUGUAGAUCUAUAUACACAAUUAUACACUAUAUUGGUGAGUUGUAUUUUAACUCUACCAAUAAAUCUUGUUUAUCACAAAA